CCACUCUGCCGAGUUAUCGGCAUUUGUUUGGUACUCUUCUGGCUUUUCGUCCUGAAGCUGUGCCCGCAGCCCUCUGGGCUCAUCCGGCUGGUUGUCAUCGACUUGAUGGUCCUAUUGUUUUUUUAUCUUUUGUUCCGUUAGAUAGUUUCGUUGUUGUCGGGGUUUUUUUUUGUUUCUCCCCCCCCGCCUCACCGGGGCGUGGAGAGCAUGUUCUCGUCCUCGUCCAGGAACUCUCUGCUCUCGCCCUGGAUGUCCAUGGAGCAGUCCGACUGUGAAGCGCUGGACUUCAGCACCAAGGUGCAGCUGCACGGGGUGCUGUGGAAGAGGCCCUUCGGACGGCCCUCCACCAAGUGGGCCCGCAGAUUCUUCAUCAUCAAAGACAGCUUCUUGCUCUACUAUGCGGAGAGCGAGAGGAGAAACUUUGAGACCAACCGGUACUUCAACAUCCACCCCAAGGGGGUCAUCCCUCUGGGAGGCUGCGUGGUGGCCACCAAUGAAGACAUGGGCAUGCCCUUCGCCAUCGCGGUCAACCUGGAAGACUUCACUGGCACCGUCGUGCUGGCCGCUGAGUCCGGGGAGGAGCAGGUCCAGUGGAUGGAGAUGCUGCAGGAGUCGGGGAAAGUCACGUGGAAGAACGCCCAGCUGGGGGAGGCCAUGAUCGAUAGUCUGGGGAAUCAGGGGCUGCAGCUGGCCAAGGAGAAGCAGGAGUAUCUGGAUAAACUGAUGGAGGAGACCGAGGAGGUCGGUCACCAGAGGGCGCAGAGAGAGGAGCUGGAGCGUCUGAACCAGGUGCUGGAGGAGGAGAAGGCGAAGUUCGAGGAGGUGGUGGUGGAGCUGAAGGCGGAGCAGGAGCAUAUCAAAGAAGACCUGGACGACACGGCUAACUCCCUGAAGGGCGUCGAGAGCGAGAAGGAGGAGCUGAGCAACCUGACCGUCCGGCUGCAGAGAUCCAUCGAGGAGCUCUCUCAGGAGAAAAGGAGAACCCUGGAGCUGCUGGGGGUGAAGGAGCAGAAGGAGCAGGUGGAGGAGGUGGAGGCGGCGGGGGGCGAGAGCUCCGCCUGCAGGGAGCCUGAGGAGGGCGCGGACCCCGAAGAAGUGGACCUGCUGCAGGACCUGAGGCACAUCGAGGAGCAGAUGAAGGUCCUGCUGAAGGAGAAGGAGCAAGCCGACGCCAAGCUCCGGGAGAACGACCAGCGGGCUCAGGUCCUGCAGCAGGAGAGGGAGUACUUCUCCUCUCAGGCUCGGACGCUGCAGCAGUCGCUCUCUCAGCUCACCGUGGACAAGCAGCAGACCGAGGCCGAGCUCAAGGUGGAGAUAGAGUCUCGGGUGGAGCUGGAGAAGAGGCUGGAUCAGGCUGAACAGGCUCUGCAGGACCUGGAGAGCGGGCUGGACUCCCUGGAGCGGACCAGAGAGACGGACGAGAAGAUGAAGGGCGGCGUGACUCAGCUGAGGAGGUUCUUCGAGGAGUGCAUCUGUGCCGCUGAGAUCGAGGCGAAGCUUCCCUCGAUCAUGAAGAACGCCGUGUAUCUGCACAAAGCCGCCGCCCGGCGCAUCAAGAGCUGCCGGGUCCAGAGGAGAGCGUCCAGACGCCACCGCCUGAAGCACUCGAAGUCUUUCGGCGUCGCGGCCGCUGAAGGCGGCGGCAUGGACGAGCUGCGGGAGACGGCGCGGCGCCUGACCUCUGACAGCGACUUCAGAGAGGGCGUGUACGAGCUCAUCGCCCGGAAGGACGCCGCGAACGCAACGGAGGACUGAGGGGAGAGAGGGGUGUUAACGGGGGGGACACACGGGCCUUAGCUUCAUCUCAAUAGACGUCCUCAGAUACACACACGUCUGGUGCAUAGACAUCCCUGACCUUUGACCUCACAUCGGAUCAGGAACAACUCCCAAACAACCCUUCAGGGGGAAAAAAAUAGGGAAGAACCCUUCAGGAGAGAACAGAGGAGGAUCCCUCUCCAGGAUGGACAGAACAAUAGAUGUCAUGUGACCAGAAGGAAUCAUUAUACACAAAUUAAAACACAGUAACAACACAAUGAAUAUGACAGAGUGUAUGAAGAGUUGGUAGUCGGCAUAUUCCACGAUCCAGACCUCCACGAUCCAUCAGGCAGAUGGAGGUAGAGGAGUGGGCGGAGUCUCAACAGUGGGCGGAGUCUCAGCCAUGGCAUAGUUGGUCGUCGGCAUAUUCCACGAUCCUUCAGGUCCAGGAUCUAUGGAACCCAAAUAACUGUUUUUAUUGAACCUGAAGAUGAUAGAGCAGAUUGUAUUUAGUGAAAGUCAUUAUGAGUGUAAACUAUAUGGAUGUUAGGAACAGCUGUCGUGUUAUUGAGGAUCGUUUGUGUACUCAACACACAAUGCAAAUCCAUCUUGUAAAAUUGAUUUAUUCUCCUGGUUUUGAUUUACAGGAACAGACGCUUUGGAAAACAAAAAGCGGAGCGACUCGUCGUAACUCGCUGACUUUUUAAGGAUAAUGAACAAAUUAUAACCGAUAACACCGGAAAUGAGACGGAAAAGAAAGCCACGUGUCGUGGUUCGUAGGGACGGAACGACAUGCCUCGAUGCUAAUAAAGCUGCGUUUGAACCUC